AUGAUCCGUUCGUUCGGGAAGUACUUCAGCUCAACAAGGCCUGUGUAUGAUGGAAAGAGGAAUAUGUAUACACGCGAGCCGCUACCCAUUGGUAGAGAGAAAAUGGAAUUUGAGGUUACUCUUCCGGGUGAUUCGGCAGUGGAACGUCAAUUCACUGUCACUGUUAAAUGGGCAGGUCAAGUUUCUCUUUCCACACUUGAAGACGCAAUGGAAGGCCGUGUUCGUCAGGUGCCUUUUGAAGCCGUGCAGGCCAUGGAUGUCAUUCUUAGACAUUUGCCAAGUUUGAAAUAUACCCCUGUGGGCCGUUCGUUCUUUUCACCACCAGCACAACCUCAUCAAGCGCCGCAGCAGCAUGGUCAGUACCACAUGGAAAGUAAGCUUGGAGGAGGACGUGAAGUAUGGUUUGGAUUCCAUCAGUCAGUAAGGCCCUCACAAUGGAAGAUGAUGCUCAAUAUUGAUGGCACGUAUAUUUCUGCAACGGCAUUUUAUCGAUCCAUGCCGGUUAUUGAGUUUGUUGCGGAAGUACUUGAGCUGCCAGUGCAGGCCCUCACUGAACGUCGUGCAUUGUCAGAUGCCCAGCGCGUGAAGUUCACCAAGGAAAUUCGUGGUCUUAAGAUUGAAAUCACCCACUGUGGUACUAUGCGUCGUAAAUAUCGCGUAUGCAAUGUAACAAGAAGGCCUGCACAGACACAAACUUUUCCUCUUCAAUUAGAGACUGGUCAGACGAUCGAGUGCACUGUUGCAAAGUACUUUUACGACAAGUAUCGUAUUCAGCUGAAGUACCCGCAUUUGCCUUGUCUCCAGGUGGGCCAGGAGCAGAAACAUACUUACCUGCCACCAGAGGUAUGCCACGUCGUGCCAGGACAGCGUUGCAUCAAAAAGUUGACCGACACGCAGACAUCUACCAUGAUCAAGGCUACGGCUAGAUCUGCCCCAGAACGUGAACGAGAAAUUGCCAGUUUGGUU